AGCACCGCCCGCCCGAGAUGCGAGCCCUGCUGCUGCAACUACCCCACUCGCGUGAUUCCUCAAACGGGCGUCACGCACAUUAUCCGGUUAAUUUACAUACAUAACACCGCCCAGGGGGACGAACAUGGUAAUCUACCAUAGAUUGAGAGAGCUAACCGUGCGGAGGCGAGAAAAAAAAGAGCUGAAAAAAAGUUUGGACGAGACAGGGCUGUUUUAAACCCAGCGAAGUAUUUCGACAUAAACGGAGAGGCGCUUGUCGGGCUCUUUGCCCCACUUUUGGAUUACGAUAUGGACGCUUUGAAAUCCGCUGGAAGGGCAAUUAUACGGAGCCCCAGCAUCGCCAAGCAGUCGUGGGGUGCGGGCAAACAUAAAAAGCUGCCAGAGAACUGGACGGACACGAGGGAAACCCUUCUGGAGGGCAUGGUGUUCCAGCUCAAGUACUUGGGAGUCACAAUGGUUGAGCAGCCCAAAGGAGAGGAGCUGUCCGCGGCUGCCGUCAAGAGGAUAGUCGCCACGGCCAAAGCCAGUGGAAAAAAACUUCAGAAAGUCACAUUAAAAGUCUCCCCACGAGGAAUUAUCCUUUAUGACGGUGCCUCUAACCAGCUGAUAGAAAACAUCUCCAUAUACAGAAUAUCAUAUUGCACGGCAGACAAGAUGCAUGACAAAGUGUUUGCCUACAUCGUCCAAAGCCAACACAAUGAGACGCUGGAAUGUCAUGCCUUCCUCUGCACUAAGCGGAAAAUGGCCCAGGCGGUAACCCUAACGGUGGCUCAAGCUUUCAGAGUGGCGUUUGAAUUCUGGCAGGCUGCCAAGGAAGAGAAAGAGAAGCGAAUGAAGUCGGGUUCAGACGGAGAAGGAGCUGGCAACCCUCAGCCGGACAACUCGGCCAGCCUGGGCAGCCUGAAGGGAGGAGAGGUAGCCACAGGAAAACUUCUGGAUUUGGCAGAGGGAGCCAACAUGGCGCUGGUCCACUCAGGAACAAAGCAGACUGAAUCGGAUCCCUUUAUGGUGCAUAAUCACGCAACAGAGAACAACAAUACUGUAUGGGAGUUGGAGGAUGGUCUGGACGAGGCUUUCUCAAGCCACAGUCUGGAUAGCUUUGAAUCCUACUCAGACUCGCUGAGUCUCGCACUAACCCCCAGGUCCUGGACAUUGGGGUAAACUCUCAGGACUUCAACACUGAAGAGUGCCUGUCCCCAGACAAAUGGGACCAAGAGGAAACAGACUUCACUGCACAAAAAGACACUUUUGGGUUCUGAAGCCUCUGCCAAGAAAGAAAAACAGGGAAAGAUAAAGAGAAAUUUUGACAAAAACGUUGUUGGAGAGUGGAGAAGUGGCAAUAGAGACAUCUGUGACACCAGUAAGGUUUCCCACCUUCUGUCCGCUGCCAAGUCCUCUUAGUGGUGCAGUCCAGUGGCUCCCUGAUACUUCUGCACCUACAUGACCAGAGAAGGACAACAUGAGCGGGCUGCUCACAGAACAGGCCAAAGCAAUACAAACCAAUUUAUGCUUUUUCUAUGAAACAACAUGCAGUCAUUUAAUGUUUGUUACAGUCAGUGUAUUACUUCCUGUUUUGUGUAUGUUUACCUAUUCACUGUUUGUAAUGUGUUUGUGGUAAGUGCUUGUGUACAUAUGUGCUAAAGAGAGAGGGGUGUGCGUGUGUGUGUGUGUGUGUGAGAGAGAGAAUAUACAUUAUAGAAAUGUAUGAGAACAAUGACAUGAGUGUCAUUAAGGUUAAGGUCAACAAAGGUGCUGUCACAUUGGAUUUACAUAGAGAUGGAGAAAUGUCACUGGACUGGAGGGGGAAGGCAUUGAAGCACCAGUUUCAGUAUUGGGCAAAACAAUAAAGUUACUACCUAUUUGCUUCAAGGAUUCAGCCUUUUGUUGGGCAACAAAAGCUUUAAGAAGUGGUGUGUGUGUAGGUCAAAGUAAGUUUGUGUGAAAAAUUGAUGAGAACAAAAUGACAAUCUUAUUUUAUUGCUAAUGCAAAAUCUAUUUUUGCACUCUGCAUUCAUCCAUUAUUUGAGGGAAUUUUUUGUCAGUAAGCAUCCAACUUAUUAUUUAAGCUUAUAUACAGCGCUUGUAUUCAGUCUUAACAUUGUACUUUUUCCGAUUUGUUUCAAUCGCAACUUUGAAUCACAAUGAACUCAUCCAUCUUCUGUCCACUGUUGACAACGAUCUUGUGCCUCACAAGAUUUCCUAACAUUGUAGAGAGCUGCAAAAGCAACAAUAGUAGCACAUUUCAGUAUAAAACUGUCAUCAGAGGGAAAUCAUGAGUUGUUUUGUUUGUCAGCAAGUCACAUUAAUCUAUUGUGAUUCAUAGUUGGAAACAACAAAGCAUAACUUCAAGAGGGUGAGCUUGUUUUAUUGUCACUCUACCACUGUAUGGUAAAUUAUAUUGUUGCAUUGACUUUGUUAGUUUACUGUUUUUUUCCGGGAAUGGUUCCCAGUGUUAUUUUUGGCAUUGUUAUUUUUAAUUUAAUUCAUUAAUUUACAUAAAUUUCAGUCAAAGUCAAAUUGUGUAUGCGUAAUGUUUAUUCCAAAAUCAGCUUCUAUGUCUGUAAUUUUGUAAAAUGACGUACCUGUAAUCCCUGAAGUAUGGAGAGAAAGUAGUCUCAAAAUGGUCACAAAUGUCCAUACUGCCAGUAGUCAGUGCAUCUACUGCACCAACUAGACAGAGGUGGGCUCAACUCCACACAUAGCUCUGGUUCUGGAACUAAACUUGUAGAGAGCCUGGGCUUUUUUUUUGUUUUUUGUUUCGCCCCAGAGUUGUCCAGGUUGGGAGACGCUGGUGAGGGUGUGGAGAUGCUUACAAGCCGUCAUCUGAGCGCUGCUGUGUUGUUCUCCCCAGAGAUUAAGAGUGUUGCCUCUAUGCUUCUGUGAGUUGCUGAGGGUAAGGCUCUGACUGUUGUGUGUGUGCUUAUGUACUGAAGAGCAACUCAGACUACCAAGUCUUUUUAGAGUCCCUGAGUGGUGUACUGGACAGGGAUUCACCUUGGAACUCUAGUUAUUCUGGGAGACUCACAUGGGCAGUGACACAGAAACCUGGUGCAGGUGGCCUGCCUAAUCUGAACCUGUGAAGCAAAAACCCAGGUGUGGGAGCAGUUCGGAGAGGCUAUGGAAAAGGAUUUUUGAUUGACCUCAGGAAAGUUCUAGCAAACUGACAACUCAGGAAGAGAAAAACUGGGAUUAGCUAGUGUUCACCCAGGAAGGAGAACUUCUGACCUGGACUUGGGAUAUUGUUGAGUGGUGAAAAGUAUACUUUGAAAAUCUCCUGACAACAAGUAACACGUCUUCUGUGGAAGAGGCAGAGUCUGAAGACUUUGGCGCAGACUCACCCAUAUUCCUGGCAGAGGUCCCUGAGGUAGUCAGCACGGUGCCUGGUGUGUGUGAGAUUCGCCCUGAUGUAAUGUCCUGGUUGACACAUCUCUUCAGUGUUGCGUGGAGGUCAGGAACGGUGCCUCUGGAGUGACAGGCCGGGUGGUUGUUGCCAUUAUCGCACAGCUCAGCCUCGACAGGAAAGUUUAAUUUGAGCUUUGACCAACUGUUGAAUCCCCAAUUCAGAAGGAGCUAUGCAAGCAAGUCCUGGAAUAGUGGACCAGCUCUUGAACCUUGCAGACUUGUUGGAGGGGUAAAGCCUACAUGUGUUUUGUAUAUUUGGAGAAGGCCUAUGUCAUUGUCCCCCAGGGAGUCCUGCAGAAGUUUGGGGUACUGAGGAAUUUACUAAGAGCCAUCUGGUCCCUUUAUGAGAAAAGUGAAAGCCAUGUCUGUGUUCUCAGCACAAAGUCAAACAUGUUUUCAUGGGUGGUGGACUCCCAAAACACCAAGUUUGCCCCUUGUCUCUUGUUUGUUUGUGACAUUUAUGGAUAGGAUCUGCACUGCAACCCAGGAUAAGAAGAAGAUAAUGGUAGGGUGGAUAGAUGGUCUUGGAUGUGUCUUCAAAGAUUUACAAAUGCAUACUACUAAAAUGCUGGUUCCAAUCUCCACACAAAUGCCAAGCAAUUUGAACACAUGUAAAACAAUGAAGUGUUAGAAAGAGCUGCUUGUGCUUUGGAUGUUAGAUUUGUCAUUGAAAUGCUGCUGCUCUCCAGUUUUAAAGUAUAUUUUGCCAGUGCUUUGAUUACACUACUUUCAUUUACCGUAAUUGUAUUACAAUGUCAGCUGGGGGACCCUCAAAACAGCAGAUACCUCAAGACUUCAACAAAUGAAACCUGAACUGUCGACAUGGAUGGUUCAGGUUUAUGUUUGUGAACCUAAAUCUGAAGGGCAGAGAUUGCACUGCCAUCUGGUGGUGGUGGAUUGGUGUUGAACCUGUGAAGUGCCUGUUGAUUAUGGAAGGGAAAGAAGCCACUGUGUCCACAUCCUCAUCAUGCAUUUAUACAGCUAUAGUCUGUACACACAGAGAUACCAUUGUGGCUAUGUGUAUCUGAUUCUGUCUUAAUAUUGAAAAUCAAUAAAUUCUCAUACAUUUU